AUGGCCGAUACAAGACACGUGUGGCUAAUGGACCUGCCACUGUAUUCACUUCAAAACCACGAAACGCCAUCACUCCGUCGUCUGCCCUCGGCGGUGACCUCCACUUUGGAAUUAGAAAUCAAAACCCUAGCUGUCCUUGGAAGAGGAUUUCUGCAAAGCAAUGGCGAGCAGUUGGAGAAGAAGUUUGGGAAACAUGAGGUCGUUCAUUGGGAACUGCAUGGGAGGUCUUAGAGGAGGAAGCAACCUGGCUUCUUGGGUUGUGGCCGGAACCCUAGCCUACUUUCUCUGGGUCAAGCCCUCCCAAGAACUCAGGAGAGAGCAGGAGGAAAGGGCAGCUUUGGCUGCAGCUUCAGAUCCUUACCGUUAUGUUGAGAAACGAAAACCCAUCCCUGAUCCUCAGGAAACUGGUUUAAUAUAUGGAAACAAGAACAGAACUAAUAAGUCUCAGGAUUGAAACUUUUGAGUGUUUUCUUUUUUUGAUGUAGUAAGAGUUGGUUUAUUUUUCAACAUGUUCUUAUGAGAUAGGAGAAAUUUGUAUUUGAAUAAAUUUCAACAAGAAAUAGAGAAUGUAACUAGCACACCAUAUUUGGUUGAUGCCGGAGAAGACCCUCUUUUGAUAACGUCUAUCUGUCAAUCUGCCCAAUUGAAUAAGGAAUAAAAGUAUAGUUUUUUUUUUUUUUU